CGUGAUCAAAACAUUGUCCCGCAGAAGGAAGUGCGGCUCACACCAACAUACGACCUUUAAUCUAAAUCGUCAUCAAAAUACAUCCUUGCAAUCUACCCGGAUUCAAGACAAGGAGAUAUGCCACAGAAAGAUCCGUGUCAAAAGCAAGCAUGUGCAAUUCAACACUGUUUACAAGCUAACAAAUACGUGGAGAGCAUGUGUCAGGAUGUGAUCCGGGACAUGCGGCGCUGCUGUGAGUCUCAGGCCGGAAACUCUAUCUGCUGCUCCGGGUUCAAGGACUCAAAACCCAGCGAAAGUAACACAUAGCUCCCUGUGGGAUGCUUUCGAUGGGAAUCAUGGUGAAAAGUCACUUUGUAUCAAUGUUUUAUUUACUGUCACAUUGUCUCUAUCCUGCAACAGCGAAGUACAGUGACUUAAAUAGUCUUUGAAGAAUUGUGAAAUGGCCUUUCUCGAAGCAAACAUUUUGACAUGUCUUUGCAGAAAGGCACUUGAGCCCUGGGGCUGGCACACCUACAGUAGGCUAUAUGGAGUGUAACCACUAGUACUGUUAUUAAAUUAAACCCGUGUUCAACCAGUCAGAAUGUCCUACCUCUCUGGCACAUCAUAACUUUUGGAAAUGUAUAAUGUACACUGUCAAUGUCAACUGACUAUUUAUUAAAAAUAAUUGUGUUCUGCAA